CUAUCGGGAUUGGUGAGAUUUAGCACAAGAGACGAUUGAUUGUUCUUCUGAACGAAAGAGCACAGCUGUGAAGGAAACAUAAGUUUAAUCCACAAAUUUAAAGAUAGUGAAAAUGAGACUCAACGAACAUCUCAAAAUUGUCGGGAAUAACGUGAUACUUGUGCCGUAUGAAAGCAAGCACGUGCCAAAGUAUCACGAAUGGAUGAAAAGCCCAGAACUUCAGGAGCUCACCGCGUCAGAACCACUAUCCCUGGAAGAGGAAUACCAGAUGCAGAAAUCCUGGCGAGAGGAUGAUGAUAAAUGCACAUUCCUAAUCCUGGAUAAAGCCGAGUACGAUGGAAGUGGAGACGAGAUAGCUGCGUUGAUCGGUGAUACCAAUAUAUUUCUACAGCCGAACGAUUCCGAGGAGGACGACGAUGGCCUCAAAACCGGAGAAAUAGAAAUCAUGAUCGCGGAACCGCUAGCCCGAGGGAAACGUUACGGAUGGGAAUCGACACUGCUGAUGCUCCUCUACGGCAUCAAACAUCUGAACCUGCGGCGAUACAAGGCAAUCACCAAGGACACCAACGACAAAUCUAUGCAAAUGUUCACCAAGAUGGCAUUCCGGGAGGUGAAACGAGUUCCGGUGUUCCAAGAAGUUACCUUCGAAAAACGAAUCGACGACGAAUGGGUCAGCUGGAUCGAACGGGAGAUUUCUUUCGCGAUUGAACCGUACCCUAGCUAGGCCGUGCGGAUAUACUUUUCUUGCAUUACAGAUGUUUUUUAUUGUUUUUUUAAUUCUAAUAGAUCGAAUUCUGUUCUUUUAGUCUUUAUGAUUUCCUCACACUAAUUUCCACCUCGGCUGUUCCUUUUUUUAGUCUCUUAUUUUCUUACGAUCAACUGAUUUCCUUCGUCUAAACCUAAUCAGAGCUAUUAUCUCCUUUCUUAUGUGUCAUUCGGAUUCACAUCUACCCUUACUACUACUGCUACUUACUAAUUGGUUGAUGGGGCAGUGCGCACAAAUGGUUCUGUACUCUCAUUCUACAUUAGCUAUAUUUGGCAGAUUUUUUUUUUAUUCAAUUCUUACUUUUUGCUUCACUCCUUCCCGCUUCUUUUUUAUUAUAAUUUAAUUCGAUUUAGCUUCACUAACAUUACAUACACAAGAAAAGAUGUUUAAACUAUUAGAUUGCAUUUUUCCCUCAGAUAAAGGCGACAGCUGAGGCGUCGUCCAAAAGUUACGUAAAGAUCGGAUGGAGAAAAGAUAUCCGCCCGAGCGGUAUGCAACUUAUUGAUGCCACAAGCUAGAAUACUAGUUUAGAGAAACAGAUUAGAAUGAAAACUGUUUUUUUUUCUUCAGGAAAGAAUAAAGAAACGACAGCUGAGUCGCCAAAAGA